AUGGAUUCUCGGGCUCUCUGCACCGUGGCCCUGAUCAUUUUAUUCCUGCCGUUGUGCGGCUCGGACGACCGGCUUGUCCCUGGCAAGUCGCUGUAUCCCGGCAACACCAUCAUCUCCGAUGGUGGCACGUUCUCCUUGGGCUUCUUCAACCCCUCCAACUCCACUCCAGCCAAGCUGUACCUUGGUAUAUGGUACAACAACAUCUCUGAGUUCACAGUUGUGUGGGUUGCGAACCGUGAAACCCCAGUCACCAACAUCACUUCCUUUGCACCCAUGCUCUCCCUCACCAACACCUCCAAUCUCAUUAUCUCCGAAGCUAACAAUAGUGUCCGUAUCCUUUGGACGAGGGCCAACGUGACAACUAUUUCCCCGGGCUCAUCUACCCCGACGGCGGUGCUUCUGAACACCGGCAACCUCAUCAUUCGCUUGUCAAACGGCACCACAGUGUGGCAGAGCUUCGACCACCGCACAGACACGCUCCUCCCGGGGAUGAAGAUGCGGAUCAAAUACAGCACAAACGGUACUGGGGAUCGUCUGGUUUCCUGGAAGGGCCCCAACGAUCCCUCUCCAGGGCGCUUCUCCUACGGUGGCGACCCAGACACACCCCUCCAAGUAUUCCUGUGGGACGGGGAGAGCUUGGUGACCCGUGGCAAUCCCUGGACGGGGAUCCAAGUGACUAGCGUCAGCCAAAAACAGCUAGCAGGGACAAUGAGUUUUAGUGAUCUUAUCAUGUACAUCGCCGUGGUCGACAACGGUGAUGAGAUCUAUGGCACAUAUAGCCUCUCUGAGGGCGCCCCACUCACAAGGUCAGUGCUGACCUACUCAGGUGAGUAUUACCUCAAGAGCUGGAGUAGCAACUUGUCGGCGUGGGUUGUCCUUAUGAAGUGGCCAGCUGUUGAAUGCAACCUCCAUGGUUACUGUGGCCCGUAUGGCUACUGCGAUGAGACGGCGGCACCAGUCCCAAUGUGCAAGUGUCUUGAUGGCUUCGAGCCAACAAACAAAGAGGAGUGGACUAGCGGCAGGUUCUUGGCAGGAUGCCAGCGGAAGGAGCAGCUGCACGGGUGUGAUAGUAACUUCUUGGCCUUGCCGGCCAUGAAGUCACCAGACAAGCUAGCACUUAUUGGAGGGGGCACAAGUACGUUCGAGGAGUGUGCGGCUGAGUGCAACCACAAUUGCUCCUGUGUGGGGUACGUGUACCGCAACGCGAGUAGCGGCAGGUCUGGAGGAGACAUAACGGCAUGCAUGGUAUGGUCGGGGGUUGACACCGGAAAGGUAGGCAUAGGCGGCGAGACACUCUAUCUCCGACUUGCAGGUAAACAUAGAAAGAUUAAUGCGGUCAGGAUUGUGCUGUCGUUUUUAGGCAGUGGUGUUCUCGUACUCAUAUGCAUCUCUCUUGCAUGGUUAAAAUGCAAAGGCAAGAACAGAAGAUGGAGAAAGCACAAGAAUCUAAGAUUGGAUGGUAUAAGUACCUUCGAUGAAUUUGGGAACGAAAACACUUCUCAUGAUCAAGCAUUGGCAUUCGUGAAAUUAGAAGAAAUUGUCCUCGCUACCCAAAAUUUUUCGGAAGGAUGCAUGAUUGGACAAGGAGGCUUUGGAAAAGUAUACAAGGGACUGUUAGGUGGUCAAGAAGUCGCAGUAAAGAGGCUCAGUAGAGAUUCUCAACAAGGAACAAAAGAAUUCAGGAAUGAAGUGAUUCUAAUUGCAAAAUUGCAACAUAGAAACUUGGUUCGACUUCUUGGAUGUUGUAGUGAGGGAGAUGAAAAGCUCUUGAUAUAUGAGUAUCUUCCUAACAAGAGCUUAGAUGCUAACCUCUUUGACGACUCAAGAAAACAAUCAUUGGAUUGGAUAACACGGUUUAGUAUAAUCAAAGGGGUUGCCAGGGGUCUUCUAUAUCUUCAUGAAGACUCAAGGUUCACCAUAAUUCAUAGAGACCUCAAAGCUGGAAAUGUUUUGUUGGAUGAAGAUAUGAAACCCAAGAUAGCGGAUUUUGGUAUGGCCAGAAUCUUUGGUGACAACCAGCAAAACGCAAAUACCCAACGCGUAGUUGGAACAUAUGGGUACAUGGCUCCUGAGUAUGCAAUGGAAGGCGUAUUCUCUACCAAGUCUGACGUCUACAGUUUUGGUGUGCUGCUACUUGAGGUUGUAACUGGUAUUAAGAGAAACUCCAAUAGUCAAACCAUGGGAUUCCCUAGCCUCAUAAUAUAUUCAUGGCAUAUGUGGAAGGAAGAGAAGACCGAUGAACUGCCAGACUCAUGUAUCAUAGAUACUUCACCAGACGAAGUUUUGCUUUGCGUCCAGGUAGCACUCUUGUGUGUCCAGGAGAACCCAGAUGAUAGACCGCUCAUGUCAUCUAUUGUGUUCGUCCUAGAGAAUGGAAGCACCACACUUGCAGCUCCAAGCCGGCCCGCCUACUUUGCACGACGAAUAGCUGAAAUGGAUCAAAUGGGAAAUAAUAUGCAGACUUCCGCAAACAGUCUUACUCUUUCUGAGAUAGAGGGGCGAUGA